GCUGCCAAUCCUAUCGUCGGAAGAAGCAGCAGUGGGAUUUUUUUUUGGAAAUUUCGCUCCAAUUUGCAAAAUAUCCGAGCUAAUUCGGAUUCAAGUGGUGCAGAAGUUCAUUAAGCAAAGCUCUGCUAAAAAUUUAGAGUGUUAAAUAAGCCAAUAUGUGGCCACAAUCGUUGCAGAUGACCAGGGACGAAUGUCGAGGUAUAUUACGGAGACUUGAGCUGGAGUCUUAUUCUCAAGUUAUAAGUGUCUUUCGCGCUCAAGGAGGAUUAAGUGAUGCAAAAGCAAAAUUGCUAGAAGAACUGCGUGCGAUAUUUCAUAUAUCACAAGAACGUCAUAGGGCCGAAGCACGACGGGUAGCGAAUGAUGAGCAGCUAGCAACCAUAGCAGAAUCCAUCUCUGGUCCUAAUACUUGGCAGGAGUGGUCUCGGGAGGGAAGACGCCCAUAUCCGAUGCUACCCCGUGUAGCGCCAAAAACAGCAUUGGUUCUUAUAGCAAAUAGCAUUGCAGAAGAAACAAUGUCAGAAAACGCAAAAAUUCCUUACCCUUCCGAAACUGGCGAAGCAGUAAAGGAAGAACAACGUGAGUCGUUAAAUGAGACUUUGGAACGAUCGAACUUUGUUGUUUCUGGCGACCCGUUUAAAGUUCCCGAAAUACCUGCAGCUCAUAAGAGGAAUCUUAAACGCAAUAUAAGUGAACAGCAUGCUGUUAUUGGUAGUAAGAAACGAGCAGUCUCUAACAAUUUACAGAAGAGCUUAACAAGUCCAUAUUAUAAACAUCAUCAUGUAACCGCGAAUUCUAUGCAAGGCAAUAGCACAUUACCCAACAGCGCAAAGAAAGCAAGUUCUAUACAAAAUAAUAAAAAUUUGCAACAGCAGCGUUACUUCCAUCAGCAACAGCAAAUACAAAAGCAAAAAAUGGCAAAAAAGAUGACGAGUAACAAUACAAACCCCACAAUUGGUAAACGGCACGUUACACCAGCUAAAAGUGGGCGGCGGGUACAGAAAACGGUAGGAGAACAACAUGUUUUAGCUAAACAGCAAGAAAGACAAACGGAAAUUCAAACUCAUUUGGAUUUAUCUACCCCAAUUCAACAUGAAUUACCAGGCACACCGUUGGAUAUACAAAAAUUUGUUGGAUAUUCACCGCAACCGCAGCUACCACAACAAAUAUUUAUGGACAGCAAAGAAUGCACGGACUCUACUCCAGUGCUUAUAACUACAAGUGGUGCGCCACAGACAGCCGUUUCCAAGCGUGAUAUAACUACGAAUAUAAGUAAACUUCAGAUGCAACAACCUUCGGGGUCUUCUAUAACUAAUAUAGCUUGCGCCCCUUAUCAAACAGUGACUGGCAUAAGCAAUACUAUACCAGCGGGAAAAUUAGAAAAAUCUUUGAUAACACCUGUACAAAAAUAUAUUGUAGAAGAUCGCCAAACGGCUUCAGGUGUAAAUAAUGUACUGGCAAGCUCUGGGAGCUUGGUAAAUAUAACAGGAAUUCAAGCGCAAAGUGCAUCGGGUCAUCUAAUACAAGUAUCGAACGCGGGUGUGUCAUCAAAAGUUGUGACAAUGCCACAAUUUUCAGCAGCUCCUACUAAAUUACGUGCAGCAAGUACAACAAUUAUUACGCCUGGAACGAAGCUUUCUUCAACUACUGGGAAAAAGAUAACGUCUCUAAGUCCUGUGUUAUCAUCGACAGGUAAUCCGCAAAUUAAUGCGGCCGCGUUGCACGAAUUAGCUAAUGUAGCAACCAGUCAAACACAAGUUUUCAACUUGAUCGAUACGUCACCUAAUGCUAAUAUAUCCCCCAACCAGACGGUUGUUCCUCUACACACUCCGCCUGCCAUUAUUCAACUUCAAAACACAUCUAAUAAUAGUGCGGGGGAGCAUAUAAUGUCUUCGCAUGGAAAAGUUUUGACAACAAAUAUUUUACCAAUUGUUUUAAGUUGUAAUACAAGUACCAGCAGUGUUAAUACUAUAGUUGCGAGCUCAGCUCUUUCUACGUGUGGGAAUACAACUUUAACAACUACUACGUCAGAAGGAGGUCUUGCUAGAAGCUUUCCUUCCGGAGUAGUCUUAAGUACAAGUACCAGUAACGUAGUUCCGGUUAGUCUAUCAAACAGCAACUCGGUAAUUUCCACGUUAAGCGCAGGAGCUACAGUGUUUCGCAAAGCUCCUAGCGUAAUUAAAACUUCAAUGGCUAGCACGACGCCUACAAAAUGUAACGCAGCCCAUAUUAUUAGUAACGUCAAACUUACACCUGUUAGCGUUAACACUUCAACGAGUACCAACAGCCCGUUCAAAUCGGUCGUACCUUCGACAACAGGAAUGGUACGUGCAAGCGUAAAAAUUUGUCAGUCACCUAAUGGCAAAGUAUUUAUUCAACCUGCCAAUUUAGUAGAUGGCUCAAAAGUAUCACUAAACACAAGUUCUCUACAGCAUAAAGUAAUUUCCGCUGGCGUUGGCCAUUCUUCUCCAACUCCCAUUUCUAACGCAGCAAGUGGGCAACGGAUUGCCAUUCAAAAGGUACAAAUAAUACCCGCUUCCUUAGGAUCACCUGCUGCAGGCAACAAUAAUUUGAGCCCUAAACCGGCAACUUUAUCUCUUGCAUCUGGAACGGGAUCACCUACGGGUAAAAGUAACAUGAUAAUUAUGCCAGUCUCAACAAAGGGUGCGGUCAGGCCUGUUACCAUAGCUAAACCUAGCAAUAAUCUUACCUUAAAAAACACCAACCAUGCACAGUUACCCAACUCUUCCCAUUCAGCCGUUGAAUCAGUUAGUGCCGUUAAUGCUAAUAUUUUGGUAUUGAGUAAUACUACAUCCCUUAAAGAAAAAGUUUCCUCUGUACAGUCUAAAUUUGAUAGCAAUCAGUUGUUGAAUGAAGAUGCGCCACUUGAUAUUCUUAAUAUGCCUAUUGUAAUGGAUUCAGGAAUUGGCUCUAAUGAAACAGUUACAGUAUUAGGAACUAGUGUCAUGAACAGAUCUGUGGCUACCCCAAUUAUUGUUGAGCAUUCUCUGCAUCCUCGAAAUAUGUUACUGGGUGCCACUGAUUGGGAAAUGGAACUGGAUCAUGCAAUAACGACAGCCGCCAACAACAACAACAAUAACAAUAAUUUCAAAGAUCAAAAAACCUUCAAUUCAAGCAAAUCAAAAUCUACUAUUUCGACACAUUCUUGUCCUACAGUAACAACGCCAAUAUCAUCAGGUCACAAGCAGCCAUAUUCUUGUCCAGAAUAUCCUAAUGAUGAGAUGUCCAAAGAUAAAGCACCUCACGUUAUAUCCUCCAAUAUCAUUGUAGAUGAUAGUUUUGACGAUGUAAUAGUUGAAGAACGGGAGGAUGAAGACGAGGAAUCGCAGAAAUCAUUGCAAAUCCAUGAUAAUGCCAAAAUUCUUGGUAUGAAAAUAUUCCACCAUCCGUCAAUAGAUAUAGCAGAUCGGAAUCUGACUACGAGAUCAGUUAAUGACAACAAACUACAAACGUCCACUUUAAUAUCGUCUAUUGAGGACCAAAAGUUCAACACUACUUCAGUGGAGCAAAUGACAUCAGCUUUGAUGUCCAUGACCUGUGCAAACGUGCAACAAUCUAGUGAAGUUGACGCCGGUUUCGAUGAAACGAUAGUUACGGAAAUCGAUGAAAAUACAGCUAUCGAAUACAUAGAGGAAGAUGGAGCGCAUAUGCCUGUUGUAAGUUCGUGUCAUUCAACUGCUGACAAAGGGGAAAAGACAACAAAACUGCCAGCCUUAUCAACAAAUGACACUGUGGACAAUGCAAUUUUAAAAAUCUCAGCAACUUUAAAUAAUAGCUAUAGCCAUCCACUUGUUUUGCAACCGGUCGCUAAAAGUGGAACCGCCACAACAACUAAAAAUAGUAUAACCUCCCCGUCUACGACGACUAUUGAAAAAAAUUCAACAGUGCAACAGUCGUAACGUAAUCAACAUAGCCUAUAGCCAAUUGUAAUAGUUUACCUGUUGAACUUUAAAAUAGGAAUAGGAAACAGAAUAAUGAGAAUAUUUUUAAGGCACGUCACUUUCUCAUAGAAGUUACAAUAACAGAGAAUGUGAUAAAGAGAAUCGAAAAACAUAACGCACAUGUCCUCAUUUUACUCAAUAACGUGUAUUUUCAUUGUUACUUUUUAAAUGCGUUUCACUUUUAAUUUGAUAAAGUUUACAUUAUUAUUUUUUUUUUUUUUUUUUUUGCUCUUGUAAAUAUGUCUAUUUCUCACGUUACGUUUCUGCUUUCCUUUAUUUUUAGUCCAUUUAAAUGUAUUUACGGCGUUUUUUAUUUUUCGUUUGUUAUUAUUUAAGUAAUAGUGCUCGCAAAUUUGGUUUAGUCGGUUGCUAUCUUUUCCUUUCCUAAGGAAUAAUAAUAUUAAAAUUACGAAAUUCAAAUUAAUUUAUAAUUCAACAAAGUCUAACAUAUAAAAUAUGCGGUUAUUGUAAAAAAAAAAAGCAAAAUCAUUUUAAAGGAGAUUAUAGGUUAGAAUACUUAUACUUAUGUUAUGUAGGUUGCGAAUGGUUUUUUGUAAUAUUUAAAAUUUUUUGGUUGACAUCUCCUUAGAAAAUGAAUAUUUAUUACUUUCAUUGUAAGUAUAAAGGCUUAACUUACAAAAUUUUUCCCCUUAUAAAGGUAAUAUAAAUUAAAAUUGUAUUUCUUUCAUACUCACUGGAUUUGUUCUACAAUUCCGGUUAAAUAAAGUCGAAGUAAUAUGUGUCUGCUUUAUUUUUAAGCAUUUUAAUCCCUUUAAUGUGAAGUUUGUUAUUAAUAUUGUACUAAUUUUUUUUUUUUUUUUUUUUUUUUUUGUUCAAUAGCAAGGUUGGGUUAUCAAAGUUCUUGCAAUAGUUAUACUGAAAUAUUAAAGUUGCUAUGUGAACUAUGAACAAAAAAAAAAAAA